AUAAAAGAACGAGGCCAAUAUCCAGCCAUCUUGACCGAACAAGCUUGGUCAAUAACCCAUACGUAACACACCUAACUACACCUGUCAAAACCGCUGGCCAAGGAAAGAAGCAGAUCGCAUUACUGUAGGUUCGAAAGCGCCAGAAAGAUCGAACUCAACUAAAACCUUUCCUGUAUCGUUUCUUUUAGAGAUUUGUAGUUCAUUGUUUUGAUAAUUCAUGGCUUCGUUUACUCUAGAGGGCCUAUUUGCUUAUCUCACGGAAACAUUCACCGCCGGAGUAAUCCAAUCUUACCAGGGACAAGGAUUUCUUGAAGAUGCCCCGUUGAUACAAGGACAGGAUCCUCUGGAGUCUUUUAGAAAGUUCGACGACAAUGAUACGAUUUUUCAGGAGUACGAUGCACCUCCAGGGGACGACAGCAAAAUGGGCUGGAAAAAAUCUCGACCGCCAAAAUGGUGGAUGUCGCUUUGGAAGGCCGUGAAAGAUGUCUUCUGUAUUCAAAUUCUUGGUGGUUUGACUCUCGGCACGCUUGCCAUAUUCAUUUUGGUUUUGGAUUUCAAUUCCGUCGAUCUUUGCUACGAUAGGAAGUUUCACGGACAUUGGAACUCGCUUCCGCCUACGAUUCAAGCCAUCAUUGUCAGCGCCGACACUGCAGAAGCAUAUGUAUGCCAAAUGUGGUCAUUUCUUGUUGUAAUCACAAUGUUUGAUUGGCCCUUAGUGAAGAAACUCAAUUUGUUGACUCUCAAUCUACUGGGUGCAUUUUUUGRCACGUGUUACAGACUUUACCUUCAAGUUUUUGGAAUAUACCAGAAGCCUUGGAUGUCUUUUCCUUUAAAUGCUUUAUUUCUCAUCAUAACCCUAAUGAAUUCUAUACUUGUCGGAAGAGAAAUUGCCAACAACAGCGAAACUGAAAGAUCCAUGAAAGUCAAGAAGACUAUCAAGGUUUCUGCGAUACUCGCAGCUCAAUUUGCUUUCGGGAUUCCGAUUUCGUUUGGUCUUGUUUAUGGCCUGAUUCCAUUGUAUGGCCGUGUGCAGAACGAAACAUUCAGAGCAGUCAUAACUGGUGCUCUUCCUCUCGUCCCGGCUAUACCAAAGGUCAUAGUGCGUUUGACGGCCCAGAGAAUCGAUUUCAUUCACCCUGGUGACUCUCACGUGCUUUUAAACGCUCUGUACACCGCAUCCGCUAUCGUUUUCCGUGUCAUGCAAGCUGAGCUCUCAAGUCUUCGUUUGUUCAUUUUUCUGAGCUUUGUGCAUGGCGCUGUGGACUUGUUAGAGAGGCUAACCAUUGUUGUUCGAGAUUAUUUGUGGUACUUCAUUUACAGGAAGCUUAAACGCAACGCGGACGCAGAGGCAAUGUUGAGCGCUGAUAAAUUUCGCACUCCACGAAGCAUGCGAUUUAUUGCCGACAUGAGCAUCCAGAUGAUUCUCGGAGAAUCAACGGCUUUGAUAGCAGCGGUUGGCGCCAUCCAGCUGUAUGGUUUCAUGUACAACAACAACAGUCUGUCCUUUUCCGACAUGCAUUUGAUUGCCGACUUUUUUAUUCGCGUUUCCAUCGCUCUUAGCAUUGAUUUCGUUUUUAAUUCNUUCUCGUUUUGGCUACAAAUGUCAUAUUUAAAUAUCGCUGUGGUGCGGGUUUGGAAGAAGAAAUGGAGGAAGCACAUGCUUAUAGGUUUUAUUUUAACUUCUGUGACAAUGUGUUACUUUACCCCUUAUUUGUUCGCUGUUGUAAGAGACAAGAAGACUUCGGAAACUAAAAUGCGUCAUUUUAACUGCACUGGACCCUUCUCAAGGUUCUGAGAGGUCAUCAUCACUAACACACUUUUUACAUGCUGGUCUAAAGUUCUCGUGCUGUUUAGCUUUGUCGGAAGAAAAAUGUUAGAAAAACGUUUUUAACUCAUCAGAUUUAGGUUGUAUUUUGCUGUAAGGGUCUGUUUGAAUUA